GGCGCAUGCGCGAAACUUUACUAUCGCUCCAUCCCCCGUUUGAGCGGAGCAGCGGAGGCGAAACGAAAAAGAGGAGACGACAAACGGAGUACCUGUUUAAAGGAGCCGCGAUCCGGAGGUGGAUUAGGAGCGAAAGAGGAGUUUCAGAGGAAAAAGAAAGAAAGUCUGAGGAAGAAGAGAGGACUUUUUUUGGAGAGUGAAAACUAGCGAGGACUUACCGAGUGGAUUAGUGGAUGUUAAGGAGAUGAUGAGGAGGAAUAUAAUGAAGGGGAAUUAGAAGCAGCUGUGCGCGGAGUUGCGGCUCGUUAAGUUGGAGCGGAAAAUAAUGGCUUGAUCUUUUUUCUCUUUUCCCAUUUUUCUUAUUUUUGUUCCCAGUUAAGGAGAAUUCAGGCUUGUGUUUAUGUUUCUAAGGGCAGCUGAGAAACUUUGUUGCGGAUGUUGUGACCUAUGAAGGCAGCCUAGUCGCGGUGCUGGUGCUGGUGUUUGUUAAAGCGGGGACCCACCUGUACCUGUUCGUGCCAUGUCCAAGGCGGGGGAUCGGAAGGGCCACUGGAGCCGGAGGCUGCACGAGAGCGCGUUGUCCCGGGACGCGCUGGCGGGACCUCAGGGGCUGCUGGGCGGCGCGGAGCGGGGAGAGUUCGUGCACACCGGAGCCGCGCUGAACGGAGCUGUGGAGCAGGGGGAGCUCGUGCUGGAGGUGGAGGGGCUCAGCGUGUCCGGACUGCCGCUCUACGACGUGCUGAGCCUCGUGCAGAACUGCAGAGGAGCAGCGGUCAGACUCAAAACUGUACCACAAGGAAAUAAGCUGAAUAAGGACCUGAAGCACUACCUGAGCCAGAGGUUCCAGAAGUCUUCAGAUGACCACAAGCUCCAACAGACCAUACGGGAUAACCUCUACCGCCACGCUGUGCCUUGUACGACGCGCCCUCCUCGUGACGGAGAGGUGCCCGGCGUUGACUACAACUUCCUGUCUGUGGAUGAGUUCCUGAAACUCGAACAGAGCGGGACGCUUCUGGAAAUCGGCUCUUAUGAAGGUAACUACUAUGGCACCCCGAAGCCCUCUCCGCAGCCCCCUGGUGUGAGAGUGGUCAGCAGUGAUGUUUCUGCUGCCAGCCGGCCCGUCUCUCAGCAGCUCACGCCCCGCCGCACCAAAUCCUACAAUGAGAUGCAGAAUGCUGGAAUAGCAGAAACAGAGGAUGAGGAGGAGCUUCCUGAAAUGAACAGCAGCUUCACAGGAGACUCGAGUGAACCCGACGAGCACCACUCGGUGCGACCCUUCGCCCCGUCCCACCGGCUCAACAACGCCUUGGCGUCAACCACGGAGAGCACGCAGAACACACACACACACCCCAGCCACCCCUCGGACGAGGACCCCUUGGGCCCUCUGCCCGAAAACUGGGAGAUGGCUUACACCGAGAGCGGAGAGGUCUACUUUAUAGACCACAACACAAAGACCACGUCCUGGUUAGACCCACGGUGCCUGGACAAGCCCCAGAAGCCACUGGAAGAAUGUGAUGAUGAUGAAGGGGUACAUACCGAGGAACUGGACAAUGACCUAGAGUUGCCUGCAGGCUGGGAGAAGAUUGACGAUCCAGUGUACGGGGUUUAUUACGUAGAUCACAUUAACAGAAAGACUCAGUAUGAGAAUCCUAUACUGGAGGCUAAGAGGAAGAAGCAGUUGGAACAGUCUCAGCCUGCUGAAGAAUGGAUAGAAGAGCAUUCAUCAGGAGCACCGCUAGCCAGCUACGCCACCAACCACCAGGAGACGUACAGAGAGCCGGGCUCCGCCGCUCCACUGCCUCAGAUAGGGGCUAAACGAGGGAAGCCGUUUUUCACGAGGAACCCAGCGGAGUUGAAGGGCACGUUCAUCAACACCAAACUGAAGAAGAGCCGUCGUGGUUUCGGCUUCACUGUGGUGGGUGGAGAUGAGCCGGACGAGUUUCUCCAGAUCAAAAGCCUGGUGCUGGACGGCCCGGCAGCCUUAGACGGCAAGAUGGAGACGGGCGACGUCAUUGUCAGCGUGAACGACACCUGCGUAUUGGGCUACACGCAUGCUCAAGUGGUCAAGAUCUUCCAGUCCAUUCCCAUCGGCUCCAUGGUGGACCUGGAGCUGUGCCGGGGCUACCCUCUGCCCUUCGACCCCGACGACCCCAACACCAGCCUGGUGACGUCAGUGGCCAUCGUGGACAAGGAGCCCAUCAUAGUCAACGGCCAGGAAAGCUAUGACUCUCCAUCCAGCCACGGUAGUCAGACAGCUGGGGCUGGAGGGAGUCUGAAUGGCUCCAGUGACCCCCCGCGACCCCGCAGCCCAUCUGAUGAAGUGGCCUCCGACAGCUCUCAGGAGCGUUACCCGAGCGACGUGGUGACCCUGGCAUCAUCCAUCGCCACGCAGCCAGAGCUGAUCACAGUACACAUGGAGAAAGGCGACAAGGGCUUCGGCUUCACCAUAGCGGACAGCCCGUCCGGAGGGGGCCAGCGGGUCAAGCAGAUCGUGGAUUACCCACGAUGCAGAGGGCUAAGGGAGGGUGACAUCAUCAUGGAGGUGAAUAAGAGGAACGUGCAGAACCUCACCCACAACCAGGUGGUGGACCUGCUCAGCAAGUGCCCCAAAGGCAGCGAGGUUACCAUGCUGGUCCAAAGAGGGGUGGCUCCUGCAAAGAAAAGCCCUAAACUGCAGCAGUUGGAGAGAAAGGACAGCCAAGGCAGCUCUCAGCACAGUGUGUCCAGCCACCGCAGUGCCCCAUCGGACUCCUCGCCCCUCCACGCCUCGCAGGCUCUGGCCACCGAGACGGCAGCCCCACCUGCUCCGGUCCAGCCGCUGCCCGGACUGCCCCAGCAGGACGUCUCGGCAGACGGCACCCUCGCCAAGAAACCAGACCCCUUCAAAAUCUGGGCCCAGUCAAGGAGCAUGUAUGAAAGUAGGCUGCCGGAUUACCAAGAGCAGGAUAUCUUCCUGUGGAGGAAAGACACAGGCUUCGGCUUCCGGAUCCUGGGAGGGAACGAGCCAGGAGAACCGAUUUAUAUUGGUCACAUUGUGAAGUAUGGGGCAGCAGAUGAAGAUGGCCGCCUGCGCUCCGGAGACGAACUGAUCUGUGUGGACGGGACGGCUGUGGUGGGAAAGUCCCAUCAGCUGGUGGUACAACUCAUGCAGCAAGCUGCCAAGCAGGGCCACGUUAACCUGACCGUCAGACGCAAGACUGGAUACGGAGUAACAAAAGUGGAUGGUGACGUUCCUCCCUCGCCGGCCUCGUCCCACCACAGCAGCACGCAGGCAGCCUCGCUGACGGAGGAUAAGCGGACUCCACAGGGUAGCCAGAACUCCCUCAAUACGGUCAGCUCCGGCUCUGGCUCCACCAGCGGCAUCGGCAGCGGUGGGGGCGGAGGAGGCGGAGCCAGCACGGUGGUGCCCAACGCCAUCCAGCCAUACGAUGUGGAGAUACGGCGCGGCGAGAAUGAAGGUUUCGGCUUCGUCAUCGUCUCGUCCGUGUCCAGACCCGACGCGGGAACCACUUUCGCUGGAAACACAUGUGUGGCCAUGCCUCAUAAAAUAGGGCGGAUCAUCGAGGGCAGCCCGGCGGACCGCUGCGGGAAGCUGAAGGUGGGCGAUCGGAUCCUGGCCGUUAACGGCUGCUCCAUCACCAACAAAUCCCACUCGGACAUCGUCAACCUGAUCAAGGAGGCGGGAAACACGGUGACUCUGCGCAUCAUUCCAGGAGACGAAUCCUCCAACGCUUCACUGCUGACCAACGCUGAGAAAAUCGCCACCAUCACAACCACACACGCACCUCAACAGCAAACUGCACCUGAGCCAAGGAACAACACCAAACCAAAACAGGAGUCUUUCGAGUUCAAAACGCCUCAAGCUCCUCCUCCAGCAGCUCCAACACAAGCUCAAAAUCAGGAUGAGCUCUACUCAGUGGACCUGGAGCGGGACAGUAAAGGUUUUGGCUUCAGUCUGCGAGGAGGACGUGAGUACAACAUGGACCUGUACGUCCUGAGACUUGCCGAGGAUGGAGCAGCAGUGCGUAGCGGCAAGAUGAGGGUAGGGGACGAGAUUCUGGAGAUUAACGGCGAGAGCACCAAAGGCAUGAAGCACGCGCGCGCCAUAGAACUGAUCAAAAACGGUGGCCGGACAGUGCACCUCGUCCUGAAGAGGGGUGACGGCUCCGUGCCCGAAUAUGACAACAACAUCGACAACGGCCCCGUCGUCGGGGCUCAAACUGUUUCGGAAGUGAACACAGCACCUCCUGACACUCAAUCCCAUCCUCCAUUGGAUUCCAGCUCUCCACCAGACCAUAAACCAUCCCGGAAUGAGGACAAAAGGGCACGAGAGACGGGUCAGCAUGAGCACGGCCGCCGCUCCAACCAUCACCAUUCCAACCACAGACAUCGCUCUCCAGACAAGAAGGGCAAGGGCAAGCGCCACAACAAGGAAGGCAGCGGAGCUGGCAAAUUCUUCAAGAAGAAGAGCAACAAGAAGUCCAGCAAGGACGACUCGCACCAUCAGCACCACCGGAGGCACCGUUCGCCAGAAAGGAGGCGCAGGGCCAGGAGCGCAGAGAAUACCCUGGACAGCCGCAAUGGACAACGGCAUGGCCGCUCGCCAGAAAGACGACACCAUCGGCACUCGUCCCCUCAUAGGCACCGUUCACCAUACCGGUCAGGGCACCGCCACAGUUCCCCCCACCGGCGUAGAUCACCAUAUCGUUCCCCACACCGCUACAGAUACCAGUCCCCCCACCUGCCCUCUAACCCUUCCUCAGACAGGCCUCGCAAUGGCAAGCCCCAGCAAGAAGAGGACAUAGUCCUGAGGGAGCCUCCACCUCCCGAGCCUCCAUCCCGCGUAGACAGCGUCUUGAGAGAGUUUCCUGCCUUAGACAGGCUGAACCGGGAGAGUCCCCUGCCAAGACCUUUGUACGAGCAGGACAGUGUCUUCCCCCGACGAUCUUAUGACCGCUUGAACCUGGAUGACGCUCUCACUCGACGGUCAUAUGACCGUUUGAACCAGGACGACACUCUUACCCGCAAGUCAUCUGACCGCCUUCAGGAUUUCACAUCCAUGGAGCAGACAUACAGAGGGGACAGCCUGCUUAGAGGGGCCUACCAGGACCAGAGCCUUCCCCGUGUCCGAACCCCUGACUCGGACACAGCUUUCCAACGGUACAGCUCACUGUUGAGGGGUCGCUCUCCUGAGAGAAGGGGCCGAUACACCAAGGCAGAGUCUCCAGGGCCGUCCCGCUACAGGACCAGAAGCCUUGGCCGAGACCUGUCUACAGAUGAGGAAGAUUCAGAGGAAGAAGACAGAGUGAGGGAUUACUACCGCAAGCUCAAGUCUGGCUACAGCCAAGCCAAUGAUAAACUACCCGAGCCCAGGAGGAAGGCCAACAAAGACAACCCCAAAGAUCUCAGCAUCUGAUACACCGCCACGCGGACCGGCAAACUCCACAACCCUCACCUGAGGACCACACAAAGACCCUGGAUACCAUGCUACGGAUUUGACAUUCCUGUGUUUUCCUAGACAGAGAUUCCUUGACAACUUGUAACAGCGGAAGAAUGGUUUUUCUUGUACGUUCCAGGAAUUGUUGGUUGUUUUUUUUUGUUUUUUUUUCUCCUUUCUUUUUCUACAAUUCCAAAACAGUUCUACAUUCAAUCAGAGAUUGACAACUAUGUAUAAAGCAAACGAUUAUGUGCCUAAUAGUACCAUUCUUGAUGGUUUUUCUUUUAUAAAGGGCAGCCUUUUGAACUACUGUCUGACUAUAGUAUCUUCGGUUUCAAAGAACAAACCCAUGCAGCGAGCACCUCAUUUCACCUGGUGCUCUCACGUAUGCUGUGCAUGUCUUCACACUUUUCAGUGUCUUUUCUUUCUUCCUUUUAUUUUUUUCUUUCUCUCCCUCAGUGCCAAUGUUUUUUAAACAUUUGACCAGAGUAUAGCACAAGUCUGCAUUCAUUUGUAUAUUUUUGACAGUUUGCAGUAUGUGUACAUUCAGAGGUGAUCAUUUUACGAGAAUGAAGGGAAAAUGAAGAAAAAUUAUGAUGAUAAUGUGAAAAUAAAAGUAAUAUAUAUACA